AUGAAUUAUUGCUACUGGACUGGAGGCCACCUUCGCGGACACUAUGCUGAGUGGACAGAGCCAUAGCCAUAGCCUGCAGUGCAUUUUUCAGAGGAAGGGGGAUGGCUCCAGUAUGCUGCGCUUGGAUCUGAUCUCCUCUUGCAGCAGUGAUGAUUGAAGUGAUCCUGUGCGGUGUGAAGACAGCAAACAGUUGGUGCUAAGUUGCUAACUCAGAUCUCCUCUUGCAGCACUCUCAUCAGUCUAGUUACCGGUCUGUACCCAGCUUGCGAGAUAACUCGUAGUGUUUUUACGCAAGCAGAGGAGAGAGAGGUGCUUUGGUAACUAGUGUUGUUUGCUCUUGCUCCAGUCCUUUGCUCUUGCUUGGCUCCAGUAUGCUGUUAUUGGAUCUGGGAAAGUUUCGUCUCGGUUGCUUCUGUUAGUCGCGCUCCUGUUGCUCCACAGGUCACGUAUGCUUGAACUGAUCCUGUGCCGCUCUCCUCGAUCUCGCAGCACUCUCAGCAGUGGCUUCUCAGUCUAGUUACAGGCAUGUAGUAUUCAGGUGUAGCAGCAUGGUUUUCUCUUGGUGAUUGACCGAUACUCUUCUAUUAUCUGUUUUUAUUCUCGCUUGGGUUGUCCAUCGGAGUAAACUGCAUCUACAAAAUGAUCACUAUUGAUUCUUAUUAUUGACGGUUUUUUCCUUGCUGGAAGACUGGUUCGUAAGGAUUCACCUUUUACCAUUCUCCAAAACAAGUCGCCCUGGUAUUUUUUUGGUGAACCUCCCCCCUGUGCGUGCAAUUCAUAUGUUUGAUGGCAGCCGUUCUAGCAUCUCUGCUUGGAUCAUGUGCCAAUAAGUUGAAAGAUAUCAUUAUUGAUGAGGCCAUACUAAUCUUAGGGGUGGAAAAGGAGCUCGCAGAAGUGCUGCGACGAGUAGAACUAAUACAGUGUUGCAUAUAUGAUGCUGAGAAAAGGAGGACAAAAGAGCAAGCAGUAAACAAUUGGCUUGGUCAACUGAGAGAUGUUAUAUAUGAUGUUGAUGAAAUCUUGGAUGUGGCUAGAUGUAAAGGAAGCAAGCUACUUGCUGACCACCCUUCACCAUCAUCAGGCAAAUCAGUUGCAUGUAAAGGCCUUUCAAUUUCCUCUUGUUUUUGCAACAUUGGGGCACGCCGUGAUGUUGCUGUUCGGAUUAGAAACCUCAACAAAAAGAUUGAGAACAUUGCAAAUGACAAGAUAUUUUCAACUUUCAAUAGUAGUACACAACCUACUCGAAAUGGCCCAACAUCCAAACUGAUAAGAAGUUCCAACCUUGUUGAGCCCAAACUUGUGGGGAAGGAGAUUAUGCAUUCUAACAGGAAGUUGGUGGACUUAGUGCUUGCACACAAGGAAUACAAGUCUUACAAGCUCGGUAUCGUUGGAACUGGAGGAGUUGGUAAGACAACACUAGCUCAAAAAAUAUACAAUGAUCUGGAAAAAAAGGGAAGCUUCAAGAUGCACGCAUGGAUUUCUGUUUCGCAAGACUACAGUGAAGUAACUCUUUUGAAAGAGGUCCUCCGGAAUAUUGGUGUGCAUAGUGAGCAAGGCGAAAGCAUAACAGAGCUGCAGAGAAAGCUUGCACAGACAAUUAAAGGCAAGAGUUUCUUUCUUGUUCUUGAUGAUGUGUGGCAUUCCAAUGUAUGGACAGAUUUAUUGAGACCUGCAUUUCACGAAACAAGUGUCGGAAUAAUAUUGGUAACCACACGAGAUUAUCAAAUUACAAAAAGAAUAGGUGUAGACCAUACCCAUCAAGUUGAUCUCAUGGCAGUAGAAGUGGGAUGGGAGCUACUUUGGAAGAGCAUGAACAUUGAGGAGGAAAAGGAAGUGCAGAAUUUAAGAAAAAUAGGGAUUGAGAUUGUUCAUAAAUGUGGUCGCCUCCCUCUUGCAAUCAAGGUUACCGCUAGUGUUUUGUCAAGCAGAGAACUAACAGAGAAUGAGUGGAAAAGGUAUUUGGGCAGAUUUAUUGGCUCUCAGAGCAUCCUCUUGGAUGAAAUAGAAGAAGCUUUGUAUCUAAGCUAUGAUGAGUUACCACAUCGUUUGAAGCAGUGUUUCCUUUAUUGUGCUUUGUAUGUUGAAGAUUCUGUCAUUAGACGUGAUGAAGUUACCUGGUUAUGGAUUGCCGAAGGCUUCAUCGAGGAGCAGCAAGGCCAACUACUAGAAGACAUAGCAGAAGAGUACUACUACGAGCUAAUACAUCGGAAUCUCCUCCAGCCAAAAAUGAUAAGUUUUGACCAGGCUGAAUGCAGAAUGCAUGAUCUCUUAAGACAACUUGCUUGUAAUAUAUCAAGAGAAGAAUGUUUUAUUGGAGAUGUUGAAACAUUAAGGGGUGGAAAUAUGUCAAAAUUGCGACGUAUUACUGCUGUUAUUAGGAAGGAUAUGUUGGUGUUACCUACAGUGGAUAAGGUGGAAGUUAAGGUGAGGACUUUCCUAACUGUUCGUGGUCCACAAAGAAUUGAAGAUACGUUGUUCAAGAGAUUUCUCCUUCUUCGUGUUUUGGUACUGAAUUACUCACUUGUGCAAAGCAUUCCGGACUAUAUAGGAAAACUGAUACAUCUACGCCUACUUAAUCUAGAUUAUACUGGCAUAUCUUGUCUUCCGGAAUCCAUUGGCUCCCUAAAGAACCUUCAAGUACUGAGCUUGAGAUCGUGUCAUCAUCUGCACACUCUUCCUUUGGCAAUGACCCUGUUGAGCAGCUUAAGAUGUCUUGAUCUUUGUGACACCGAAAUAAAUGAGGUUCCAAAAGGGAUAGGGAAACUAAAGUUCCUCACUUUUGUAGCAGAUUAUCCUAUUGGUGAUGGAAGAGAGGAUACUGUUGUACAAGAUGGAUGGAAGUUGGAAGAGUUGUCUUCUUUGUCGCAGAUGAGGUAUCUUUCUCUUGUUAAAUUGGAAAGAGCAACUUACUGCAGUACAAAUACAGUGCUUACAGACAAAAAACAUCUAAAAGAACUAGUCCUAGAGUGGACUGAACGUGGAGAGGGGUCAUAUUCAGAAGAUGUUAGUAAUACUGAGAAGGUCUUUGAGCAGCUAAUACCUCCGCACAACCUAGAAGGCUUAUGUAUUUUACAAUUCUUUGGUCAGCAGUAUCCCACCUGGUUUGGUACCACCUGUUUGUCUUCCUUAUUAUACUUGAAACUCAUAGAUGUACGAUCAUGUGUGCAUCUUCCACCGAUCUGGCAGCUACCAAACUUGAAAUAUCUGAAGAUUGAUGGAGCACAUGCAGUUACCAAGGUGGGACCUGAAUUUGUUGGUUGCAAGAAGGGUGAUCCUGUAUGUGAUGAGUUGGUUGCUUUCCCAAAACUUGAAUGGUUGAUCUUUGAAGAUAUGCCCAACUGGGAGGAGUGGUCUUUUUUUAAGGAUGAAGUUGCUGCUGCUGAUGGACGGGGAGAGGAUGGAGCUGCUGAGAUUCGAAAAGAGGAUGCCCAACCUGCAAGGGUGCGACUGCUGCCUAGUUUGUUGGAAUUGCAACUUCACGGCUGCCCGAAGCUGAGGGAUCUCCCGCAACAGCUUGGAAAGGACACCCCCUGCUUGAAGGAACUCAGUUUAAGAGGACUAAACAACUUGAAGGCUGUGGAGGACCGCCCAGUGCUCUGUGAGGUCCUUGUUAUUGGGUAUUGUGAAGGCCUGGAGAGGAUCUGCAACGUCCCUCAAGUGACUGAGCUGCGUGUAUUUGGUUGUCCGAACUUAAGCCAUGUAGUGGGGCUGGACAGUCUGCAACAGCUGUGGCUGGACGAGGAUAUGCAAGAGGUCACUUCCCGCUGGGUGCCUGGGCUUCAAGAGGAGCACCGGCGACUUCAUGGCGAAGACCUGGAUAUCUACACUAUCUAGCAGUUAGAUGCCUCAAGGAGCUAUCUGUGGGAGGAGAAGCGUGAAGGAUAAGGGGCAGAGCUCUGUUCUCUGCACUUAACUGAAGAAGAACAAGCAAACUACAGAAACUACUUACUAGCUGCACCAUCUGCCAUAAAAAUACUCUCAUCUCAUUUCGUUUGGUGCCACAAGCAAGCUGGUGAAUUAAGUAUCGUGUUUUUCUUUGGGCAGGUGCCCAGGAAAUACUCUUAUCAAAUUUCGUUUUAUUUAUUUCUGAAUUCAGGCUGGAGUCCUUUGCUGUAUUAAAACUCAUGUGUUGCUUUCAGUUUUGUUUUAAUUAUUUCUGAACUUGGGGCUGGGGGCCUCUGCUGUACUGAACCUGUGUGACACGGUUGGUUCUUUGAAUGUAACCGAUGAAUUCCAUGUUGGCAUGAUUUUAUUCCUUGAAUGGAAGUGAUGAACUUCGUUUUA